AGUCUCCGUUAUCGUUAGUUGGAGCGUUAAUUCUGACUUUCUUCUGUCUUUGUUUCUGAUACCCCACAAAAACAGUGAACAAGAAAGACGAUCAGACGGUGAUGGUGGCGAAGGGCGGUGGAAUACCACAAGUGAAGAAGCAGUUGUAAGUAUGGAAACCUCCGAUUCAGAUGAACAGCCUAACCAUCAUAAUAACAAUAAACGCCCUCGUCUUCUUCAAACCAAUAACAACAUGGCACGUCACCCCAAUCCUUCUCCCGAAAACGGCACUCAUCUUGUUGAUGCAACAGUGCUACAGUAUCAAAAUCAUAAACUUGUUCAGCAGUUAGAACUCCAGAAGCAAGAGUUGCAUGAUCUGGAAGAUAAAAUCAAAGAAUUAAGACAAGGGCAAAGUUCUUAUGACAACUCUUUAGUUACAGUUAAUCAACUAUGGAGUCAGUUGGAUGAUGACUUAAUUCUCCUUGGAGCACGAGCUGGAGCAGGCCAUAGUGCUUUAGAAGCAUUACAGCAUGCAGACUCUUCUCGAGAUAUAAUCCCAUCAUGUCCCGCAGAAGAAAUAUUUCUUUGCAGACUCUUGCGGUCAGAUUCCAUUGGGAUUAGUGGAAGUGAAGAACGUCUUAGUUAUAUUAAAGAAGCACUUGCUUUGCGGCAUUCAUCUACUUUAAAUUUAGUGAAAUCAAUAGAAGAUACUAUACAAGUUCUGAUAGCCCAAAUUGAGACCAUUAAUCUAUCUUUGCAUGGAAAUCUAUCUGCAGAAGAUGCAAUUAUUCAAUUAAGUAAGAUUGAUGAAUUAAUGAAGGAGGAAGUUGAUCAUUUACGUGUAGUUAUCGAAGCUCUUCAUGUCAAGCAUAGGGAAUAUGAUGAUAUGAUUCAGAGUUAUAGUCAUAGCCAAUCGGUGGAUCAGUCCGAGAUCAAACGUAUAGCAGGUGAUGUGGAGGAUAGCAUGGCAGAACUCGAAGAAAGUAGAAGAAGGGUCGUAAAUUUGAAGAUGCAGAAAGAUCGAAUUUCUGGUAUGCAGCCUCCAGUUCCGUUUGCUGUUAAUGGAAGUAUUUCACCUGAAACUACUGUCGAUAAAACUAUGGGAUUACGUGAUUUAAAGGACUCCGUAGAGGAAGCAAAGGUAGUGGCAUCCGAUCGUCUUACUGAACUCCAAGAGGCAAACGAGGACAAUUUAAUUUUAUCGAAACAGUUGCAGGAUCUUCAGGAUGAACUGAAGGAUUACAAAUAUAUUUACACAUCUCGUCCUUACACUUUACUAAAUGAUCAGCUUCCAUAUUGGAAGUCUGAAGUGGAGCGGUUUAGGGCAAUGAUAGAUUCCUUGCAGGUUGAAAGGUCUUCAGUUAUACGGAAGGAAAAAGAGCUCAGCAUAAAAAACGAGUCAUUAGAUGCUUUGAAGAAUCCCAUUGACAAUUCCGAUUUUAGUAUUGAAGAUCUCGAGCACCAGCUUCAGCAAUGCAUCAAUGAGAAUAAUGAGAUGGAACUCAGAAUGGAAGAAGCUGUCCAAGAUUCAGAGAGGAAAGACAUUAAAGCAGAGUUUCAAGUCAUGGCCUCAGCUUUAUCCAAAGAAAUUGAAAUGAUGAAAUCCCAGUUAGAUCGUUGGAAUGAAACAGGAUGUGAAGCUGUUACGUUACAGGAGGAGUCGCAGUCACUUAGAGUUUUGGUGAACCAAAAGACCAGUGAACUUAAGGAUUUGGUAGAUAGUUGUUCCAAGCAAACAGCCGAGAUUAAGUCGUUACAAGCUCAUAUUGAGAGGUUGCAGAAGGAGAACCUAGAAUCACAAAUCUUUUUGGAUAUGGUUGGACAGCGGAUAUAUGACAACAGGGACGUAACAGAAAUUAAGGAAUCUGAACGAAGGGCUCUUUCACAAGCUGAGGUAUUAAAAACUGCCUUUAAUGAACACGGUUUAGAAUUAAGGAUCAAAGCUGCUAAAGAAACUGAGGUCGCUUGCCAACAAAGGCUGGCUGACACUGAAGCUGAGAUUGCUGAUUUAAGGGCUAAAUUGGAUGAUUCUGACAGGGAUGUUAUGGAACUCACAGAGGCUAUCAAGAUUAAAGAUGGAGAGGCAGAAGCUUAUAUUUCGGAAAUUGAGACUAUUGGUCAAGCUUAUGAAGAUAUGCAGACACAAAACCAGCAUUUGCUGCAGCAGGUGAUGGAGAGGGAUGAUUACAACAUCAAGUUGGUUUCCGAGAGUGUGAAGAUGAAACAAUCGCAUACUUCUCUAAUUUCUGAAAAGCAAGUGCUAGAAAAACAACUUCAACAGGUGAAUUCAGCAGUUGAAUUGUUGAAAUCACGCAUCGCUCAUUCUGAAGAGCAGAUGAAUGCUUGCAUUACACAUGCUUUAAAGUCAACUGAAGAAGAUAGGCACUUGGCAGUCAACCUAGAAAAUAGCAAGAGGGAAUUAUCUAAUGCCGAUAAGGAAUUGAAGUGCCUUAAGUCAUUGCUUUCUUCCUCAGAGAAAGAGUAUGACCAAAUGUGCCAAAAAAUUGAGGAAAUUCAGGAGGAACUAGACAAUGAAAGAUCGGACAGAAAGAAACUCGACGAAGAGCUUGCCGAACUCAAUAUGAAAGUUACAGAAUUGACAUUAGGAAGUGGGGAAGCUGCAAUCCAGAAACUUCAAGACGAAAUCAAGGAAUGCAAGUCAAUUCUUAAGUGUGGGGUUUGCUUUGAUCGUCCAAAGGAGGUGGUGAUUGUGAAGUGCUACCAUUUAUUUUGCAAUCCAUGCAUCCAGAGGAAUUUAGAAAUCCGUCACCGAAAAUGCCCUGGCUGUGGGAUGGCGUUUGGACAAAAUGAUGUUCGGUUUGUGAAGAUAUGACUAGAUAGGCUGCACGCCUGCACACAUUAUCUAGGAGUUAGGUUUUUUGACAUGGAAGUUUAGAAUAAUGUUUUUAUUCAUUUCAUCAGUUUCUUCAGUUGAAACUAAAACAUGCCUAUAGGAGGAAGAUGAUUGUGUAUAUUAGUAGGUCUAAACUUUAAAGAGGCGUGGAACUGCUCUGAGAGAGGUUGAUGAGCUAAUAAUUUAGUGUCAUAAUCUUUAAAGAUGUAAUAACGAUUUUAAUGAGUUGAUGGUACUGGUUGUAAAUUUUGAUAGUAAACCCUGUACUCAGGUUUUCUUGCCA